AUGUUGCUCUUGUGGGCGUUUGGUUUGGUGUCUUCGGCUUGGAUCUCGUCUCCUCGUUCGGUAGCUGUUCGUGCUAAUAGUAGAGGACUGUUUUCGUCGUCGACAAGAAACAAUGACGGGUGGGACGCCACCAAGUAUGAGAAAUUUUCGCCAUCGCAAAGUACUCGUUCGGAAUUCAACCCUUCCACAGGUCAAUAUGAAGACCCACCACCUGGACCCGGCUUUGUGAAUGUGCGCCCACCACCCCAGUCUCGGCAGUUCUCCGGUCCACGGCAGCCAAAUGCUCCGGAAAACAACUUUGCCCCGAGCAAUGGCAGGGUUCCGGAAUAUCAGAAUGGGCCGAACAGCAAUGGUUUUAAUAAUGACCCCCGCAGCAAUGGACCUAACAAUGGUUUUGGCAACAACGGCUUUGAUGCUCGCAAUGACCCACCACCUGGUCCAUUUGGUGGCAACAACUUUGAUACCCGCAACCAGCCCAACAAUGGCUUCAGCAACAACGGUUUUGAUUCCCCCGGAAAUCCACCACCAGGCCAGUUUGGUGGGGGUAUGGGUGGCAAUUUUAAUACCCGCAGCCAGCCAACUAAUGGAAACAAUGGCUUUGACGCUCGCAAUAGUGCUCCACCGGGCCAAUUUGGUGGAGCUACGGGUAACAACUUUGAUACCCGUAAGCAGCAAAACAAUGGCUUCAGCAACAAUGGUUUUGAUUCCCUCGGAAAUCCACCACCAGGCCAAGUUGGUGGAAGUAUAGGUAACAACUUCGAUACCCGCAGCCAGCCAACCAAUGGCAACGAUGGCUUUGGUUCCCCCGGAAAUCCACCACCCGGCCUAUUUGGUGGAGCUACCAGCAACAACUUUGAUACCUGGAACCAGCCAAGCAGUGGUUUUGACGGCAAUGGUUUUGAGGCGCGCAAUAAUCCACCUCCAGGCCAAUUUGGUGGAAGUAUGGGUGGCACUUUUGAAGCCCGCAACCAGCCAGCUAAUCGCAACAACAAUGGCUUUGAUGUCCGCAAUAAUCCACCGCCAGGCCAAUUUGGUGGAGCUACGGGCAACAACUUUGAUACCCGGAACCAGCCAAGCAAUGGAUUCAGCAACAAUGGUUUUGACGGCCGCAGCAGUCAGCCGCCUGGAUCAUUUGGUGGAAACAUGGGCGCUAAUGGACCUCAGCAGCAAUUCUUCAACGAUCCGCAACAGUCGAACAUGCCUGGUGCCUACCAACCCGAAAAUGGCGGGGCUCCAGGAUAUCAAAAUGGAGAUAAUAGCUACUACGAUGGCUUUGACAACCCCAGUCAAUUCAACAAUGGAUACACUGGUCCGCAGAUUCAACCACCACCAAGCCAGUCUUACGGUAACCAAGGGCAAUCCCAGCCCAGAUCACCGCCAAAUAACGGUGUGAAUGGGCAACAAAAUAGCAACUCGCAGCUUGCCGCCGUACCAAAGAAGAGCAGUCCCUACAUGAACAGAGACAAACCAUAUUACAUGGAGGAAAAGCAACGAUAUGACUUUGGAGAUCGCCGAAAGCAGUCCUCCGUCGCAUCUCGUAACAACGGCAACCGCAAUUCCCGGGAUCUGUUUGAUCAAGUCACCAAUGGCAUCUUGGAUCGCUUUGGAAUCAAGUCUCCUUUCAGCGAAAUAGGCGGCCUCAAGGACUUGUUUUCCCAGUCUCUGCUGAACGACAUUCCCAAAAUGAUGCCCACCACCUUUAGUCAAAUGGAAAUGCAACCACUCUUGGAUUCCGCCCAACGUUUCAUCAAUGAUGACGUGGCUUGCACCACCGCGUUGGGAAGCCCCAUCCAAAUGGGGCAAGUGUUUGCGCAAUCGCAGGCGACCUCGUCCGUGGAUGGUCAAACUCAAGAAUCCCGCACCAAUUUGCAAGUGACGGUCCAAGGUUCCAAUGGCGCCGGUACAGUGGGCAUUUUCGCUACCGAUCAGGGCAUUGAGGCCAUCAUUCUACAAGUAGGGGGUAAAGGAGACGCCUAUUCGCAGGAAAUCAAUGUACAGGUCCCCAAAGUCGCCGGUUUCAAUGGUAGUGGUAGCGGUGGGUUUGGCAACAAUGGCUUUGGUGGUGGCGGAUUUGGCAACAGCAAUAAUGGUUGGGGUAUGAAUCGCAACAGCAUGGGUUCGAAGGUUGUGGAUGUGGAGGUUGUUGCGGAAGAAGAACGUCAACGUCAACGUCAAUCCCAACAAAUGCCACAGCAACAAAGGGCAUUGCCCUUGCCCAGUGAAUGGACCACUGCCGUGUAG